GCUAUAAUCCAUAAAAUAUAGCAUUUACAAGAACCUAACGUUUGUAGUAUAUCCUUUUCAUAGACACUAAGCUUUUUCAAAACUUCAGCAUUUAAAAUUCUGAAUUAACAACUCAGUUUAAGAAUCGCUGCAACAAAAAGCCCUUGUGGAGAGUUUUCUCGCAACAUAAUAAAAUUUUAUGAAUGAAUAUCUUUUUCAUUGGUAAAUUCUUGCGCAUGCUAAUUCCAGCUAGAAAAUUCCUUUAUAAAUAAGUUUCGUAUUCUUACUGUAUUUUAUGGAUAGCUAAAGUAUUUCAAAAAUGCGGGAAACAUUUCGAUUUUGUGACAAUUUUGUUUCUGAAGAUGAACUCUAAUGGUCAGUUCAAAAUUGUCUUUAAUCGAAAGAACAUCGUGGCGCGGUACGUUGCUGAACUCCUCUCUAGUUUUUCAAAGUAACGAAGCGGUGUUUUGUGUUUAUAAAAGUUAAUUUUUUUACCUCUUGUUUUUAUUUAUUCGAAAAGUCACAAAAUUCUGUGUACGAAAUAAAAUCAGAUAAGUGCCAAAAAAAUCGCUAAUGUUGAAAUAAUAAUAAAAAGUAAUAAAUACAAAUUUUUUGAGUUUAUGUUAAAGAAAAGAAAAAUACAGAUGAAGUGAAUAUUUAUAUGAUCACAUUUACAUUUUAAGAGCAAAGCCGGUUAAAUGUUCGGAUAAUGCCAGAAAACAGCUGUCCUAAAUUGAACGUCCAAAAGUUCAACAUUAAAAUCCUACAAGAAUGUUCCUCCAAAUUUGUAUUUUGAAACGAUAACCAUCAUCGUCAAGAACCAAUUUCCUUAAAAGAUAAGGACAAAGAAAAGAAAAUAGGUGAGAGGAGAAAAAACUAAAGAAAAAAUAAAUUCGCGUAAAACUCUUUUAACGCCUUUAACUAUCCAAACAAAGUGUCGAAAAUCUUCACCAAACUCUAAGAAAACAGCAACUCUUGCGAAAAAGUCAUGAAGGACAUGCAGGAAUACGAUUUGGGGGAAUACAGCACAAAUGAGACUAUUAAACUCCUAGAACAUGCUACAGCGGCAACUUUCCCUUUUCAGAGUGGAAUAAUGCAAACGUCCAAUGAAGACACAUUGGAAUUCCUUAUUCAAAAUGCAACUGCAACAGAAACACCAUACGUUCCAUAUGUACAUCGCCCGGAGACUUACAUCGUUCCCGUACUGUUUGCAUUCAUUUUUAUUGUUGGCGUCUUGGGAAACGGGACACUUAUUGUGGUCUUUCUUGGAGUACGACAAAUGCGAAAUGUUCCUAAUACCUACAUACUUUCAUUGGCUUUGGCUGACCUCUUGGUUAUUGUGACAACUGUCCCUCUCACAUCCACCGUGUAUACAGUAGAUUCUUGGCCAUGGGGAAGCUUCCUUUGCACGCUAUCUGAGUUUACUAAAGAUGUGUCAAUUGGAGUAUCUGUAUUCACAUUGACCGCUUUAUCCGGCGAUAGGUAUUUCGCAAUCGUGGAUCCUUUGAGAAAAUUUCAUGCGCACGGAGGAGGAAAACGUGCCACGCGAAUGACCAUAGCAAUUGCAUUUUCCAUUUGGAUCCUGGCUAUAUUUUGUGGCUUGCCAGCAUUAAUUGGUACAAGUGUAAAGAGAGUCAACAUUAAUAGCAAUAAAUCGUUUUCUUAUUGCUAUCCAUUUCCUGAUGAAUGGGGACCUGGUUAUGCUAAACUAAUGGUCCUUUUGAGGUUUUUGGUUUACUACGCUGUACCAUUGAUCAUAAUAGGAAUAUUUUAUGUGUUGAUUGCCAGGCAUUUAGUAUACACAGCAAGUGUGCCCGGAGAAAUGCAAGGAGCUGUGAGACAGGUACGUGCUCGAAAGAAAGUUGCUGUCACAGUUCUGGCUUUCGUUUUAAUAUUUGGAGUUUGCUUUCUUCCCUACCACAUUUUUAUGUUAUGGUUUUACUACUGGCCAACAUCGCAAAAUGACUACAAUUCAUUUUGGCAUGUCCUUCGAAUUCUUGGCUUUUGCUUGUCGUUUGCCAACAGUUGUGCAAAUCCCGUUGCAUUGUACUUUGUUAGUGGUGCAUUCCGAAAACAUUUUAAUAGAUAUUUGUUUUGUCAAGGAUACACAGCUGGAAGAAAAAAAAGGACCGAUACUUUAGGUGCUCGAGACACAUCACUAACAAGCACUGCAUCGAGGAGAUACACAUCCAGACGAUCAUACCAACAAAGUACUAUAAGAAGACUGCAGGAUACUACAAUUACAACGAUGUUCCCAAAUAACACAAAUGUUCAUGAUGUUGAUUGUGAGUAUAACUACCGAAACGAAAACAAUAUCAUGUGAAAUACCGAAAAAAAUAAAUCUACCGACAGUACAACGGCCAACUUUAUAAAAUGUCAUCAGUAAUAUUUUUAAGUAACCUAACCUAAGCUAAUUGAACAGAAAAGCAUAUGAAUGAACUAUUCUUUCUUUCUUUCUUACGGCCAUAUUUUUCACUAGUUUAAAAAAUACAUCUGGAUGUAAGGAAAUUGAAAUGUCAAAAAUAAAUCCAAAUCCAUGAUAUUCACUAUCACGCAGAAAAAAAAUAAUAAUUUUUAACUAUUUUUUAACUAGUUUCACAGUUAAAAUCGGGAUAACUAUUUUGGAUUUGGAUUUAUUUUUGACAUUUGACAAUUUUACAUCCAGAUGUAUUUUUUAAACUAGUGAAUAAUAUGGCCGUUAAUAAGUUAUACCAAUUUUAAAAUUAAUGUUGUCAUCUACAACUCGAAAAUUGUACGCUAAGGGCCGGUUAUAGCGAUCAGUAAAAUAAUAUUCGUCUGUCGUAAAGUCGACUUAAGUUUUCAUAUUGAGUAAAAUGAACUUGGAUAAAAGAUUAGAAAAAAAAAAAAAACGGUUCGGGGUUGGUUGCUUAUAGUAUCCCAUUUUUGUCUAGAACUUAUGUAGAAAGAAUUGUACGAAUUAUGUAGCAUAGAGGAAGGAAUAUCUCUAUCUCUAUGUUAUGUAUAACGAAUAAUACGAAAUAUCCUCGAAUUUCCAUGCACUUUUUCCAUCCCAUCUACACAUGGGGUUGGUUGCUUAUAGUAUCCCAUUUUUGUCUAGAACUCAUGUGUCAUGUAGAACGAAUUGUACGAAUUAUGUAGAACGAAUAAUACGAAAUAUUUGUCGAAUUUCCAUGCACUUUUUCCAUCCCAUCUAGACAUGGGUAAGUCCCCAAUAAAAAUGUUGCAUCUUAUCUUAUAGUUCAUCGUACACAUCACCUUGCAUACAUGCAGGGUCUGUUAAGACGUUUUUUUUUUAAAUCCUUUGUAUUUAUAUAUUUUACGUAAGAGCAUAAACUGUUGUUAAAGGUGUUUUUAUGAUGAUUUCUUAAUACAACUUUGCCCACUGGGCGUUCUGUCACAUUAAAUGUGGCAUAAAACUGCCAUUUUCCAUAAUUGAUAUGAAGUUAGUAAAGUGGGUUAGGUUGUAAGGUAAUGUGGGCAUAACACUUUCUUUAGAGGCAUUAUUAGAUUGAAUUUACAAUGUUGACGGGACAGUGCUUUUUUCAUGGUUUUGUUUUCUAUUUUUCCGAUUGUAGAAAGGCCGAUGCUUAUACCACCGCAUAGAUGUUCAAUUUCAGGACUUCUAUCAUGGGAACUCCAUUUUAACCAGGGGCUCUUCUAUUUUGUAGUGGUUAGGUGGUAAGCUAAGCUGCACAGCUAUGCUCAAUUCCUCCCCAGUAAAAGAUGGAAUGUCUUAUUUUUUUUUUCAUGGAUUUAACUGUCAAGAGCUGUGCCAGGCAAGCAUAGGCGAAAAAUUUUGGAAAAAGUGUCUGUAUGCAAACAUGGCAAGUGGAAAAGAAAAACUAUCAGUCAUGUGCAAAUCAUUUCGUCCUAGCGUUUGACAACUUACAACAUUGCCAGUGACCAUUGGAGUGACCGCAAGAAAUCGAUUUUCGACAAAUAAAAAUCACAGUUUAUGAAAGAACUAUGGAUUUGGCCCAUUACUUUUACAGCAUGUGAAACUUCUCAUUGUUCCAGCAUUUCAGAUAAAUAUUUUUUUCUUGUAUAUAGGGUGUCCGGUACAAAAUGGAUAAGCCUGAAAUAGCUAAACUUAUGACGAAACGAACGCUAGGACGAAAAGAUUUGCAUAUGACUAGGUAUAGGUACUAGUUUUUCUUUUCCGCUUGACAUGUUUGCAUACAGACAUUCUUUCCAAAAUGAUUCGCCUGUGCAUGCCUAGCACAGCUCUUGACAGAAAAAAAAACAUUUUAUGGAGUUCCUUCGACAAAAAUUCGACAAAAAUUUUUUCUAUGGGAAUGAACCAGCUAAUGACCAGCUUCCAGUUGCAUGCCGAAACUACAAAAAUACGGCCAGACACCUUUUUUUUGGAGGUCGUCCAGGAGAUCUACUACAAAAGUAACGGAACCCAAUAUUUUUUUUAACACAGCGAAUUCUUUUAAUACAUUAAAUUUGCUAUAUGGAUAUGUAUUUUUUAUGUUUAUAAAAUCAAAUGCCUCUUCACAAAAAAUCCACAAAAACUGUUUUUUUGCACUUACAACUAGAUAUAACCCCCUUUAUUGUCUUCAUGUAUAGUAUACAUUGUAUACAUAUAAUAUAUCAAACAACAAAGAUUUAUGUUUGUGUUAUAACUUCUCAAACGCGAAGAGGAAACAAAUUUGGUUACCUACAUGAGAAUCUACUUAAUUUUCAGAGCUCAAACGCAAAGCGGAAAAAAAUUUUGCCCACGAUGACUGGAGAAUCUAUUUUGAGUUUUUCUUAAUAUGUGUGGUUUGGGAAAUUUUCUUAAUCUUGAAGGAAUUUCAACUAAAAAUCCCAUUCAACUCAUUCUAUUUUAAAGCAGUUUGGACACCAAACAAAUUUAGAACAUUUUAACCAAACGCCAAGCCAAAAUUUAACCUGUGGCAGAAAGUUUUAACGCAAUUCGGAGACGACCUGAAUUAACAGUAAAUAUUAAGCAACUUCUUUUCAAAAAAUAAUAUUAUACUUACAAAACCAUAUUAAAUUUGUCUCAACUACAUAAUUAGCUCAAUUUUAAAGUUCAAGUGACCUCAACUCCAAAUUUAUAAAGCGUUUGGCCCAGGUACGAAGUGGGCUCAUCAGUAAGAUACAGGGUGGCUGAUGAAUAUCGCUACAUUAAAAAAUUCAAAUAACUUUUUUUUCAGUGUAUGAAAUUUAUUUUUCUUUUAUUCAUGUUAAAGCGCUUUCAAUUUUAUUAAAUAUAGCUUUAUUAGUUUUAAAAAUAAUGGAUUUUAAAUGCCUCCCCUGGUCGUUAAUGCAUGUGGGGUGCCUUAAAAAAAGUUGUUUUUUGAAGAUUUGAGACAGGAAUAAAUGCAAAUAUUUCUCGAUUGGAUUGUUUUCUUUCAUUCAAAUUUGUUGAUUCUGCUUUGCGGCCUUCCUGUUUACAAUAAACUCAAAAGAAAAAGUCGGAUGCAGUAAGUGCAAGCGAUUUGGGAUUUUGACGGAAUGGUAAAAUCGUGCAUAUGAGCUUAUCGGAAAAUUUUCGUAGGAAUUCUACGAAAACAUUAUCCAUUUUCUAUUAUGCAUUUUUGUUAAAUCUAAAAACCAAUCUGUAAAAUAAAAAAAAAAUUAACCAGAUUCACUAAGUAGAAAAAAAGUUAUUAAAGUUUUUUUUGGUAGCGGCUUUCAUCAGCCACCCUGUAUAUCGUACCCUUACUAAGACGCCUUAUUUUGGUCGAUGUUUACCGACACUAAUGUAUAAAACUCACAGCAUGAAUAUACUGUGAAUUUUAAUAUUCUAAGGGAAUUUGUUUAAAUUCAGACACUUAGAAAAUGUAUGCCCGUGGUCAGGCUGAUAUAAUAACGAAGAAAAAAUAACAAAUAUGAUACAAAAUUAUUAAAAUUAUUUUUAUUUUAAGUGGAGCGAUUGAGUUAUUGAAUUAUAUUCAAUC